CGCGGUGACCCCACGGCAUCCUCGGCGGGGCGGGGACAGUGCGGGCACCACCAGCUGAGGCGAAUGCGAGGGAGGUAGUGCGCGGCGUCUGGCCCCACCAUGCUGACAAGGCUCGCCCCGCCAGCCCUGCCUAGGCUCCCGAGGCGGCUGCCCGCGGUCCCCGCGCGGCGCCAGGACUCCUCCGGUUCGUCAGGCUCCUACCACACGGCUCCGGGCUCUCCAGAGCCCCAGGACGUUGGACCGGACGCAGAAGGCCGAGCAGAUUGGCCCUGGGUGGCCCCUGGGCGGGGGGCGGGUGCGCAGCCUCGCCUGUCCGUCAGCGCCCAGAAUAGCCGCCAGCAGCCCUGGCCCGGCUCGGGUUUCCCUCGAGGCCCGGGCUCCGGCCUGCGGCCACCACCCCAGCCGCAGCUGCGCACGCUGCCGUCGGGGGAGAUGGAAGUCAUCUUCAGCGCCGGCCCCCUGUUCAGCCGCUCCGACGCGGAGGAUCGCAAUGUGCAACAGCUCACGGCGCCGGCCUUCAGCAGCCCUUCGCCGCCCGGGCCAGCGCCUUCCGCCCGCGUCCCCCCGAAGCCCCAGGAUCCUGACGGUGGCUCCCGUUGGGCCACCUACCUGGAGCUGCGGCCCCGCAGGACGAGUCCUGCUGCCCCAGCUCAGUUCGAGUGUGUGGAGGUGGCGCUGGAGGAAAGCACCGCACCCUCCAGGCCCCGGACGGUGCCUAAGCGUCAGAUCGAGCUGCGCCCCCGGCCCCGCAGUCCCCCUCAGGUGGCUUCCGCGCCGUGUCCCCGACUGCUUCUGCGCACCGGGUCCUUGGACGAGUCUCUGGGCCGCCUGCAGGCCGCCGCGAGCCUCGUGCAGACGGCGCUGGCCAGGAAACUGAGCCCAGCGGCCCCAGCCCCGAACAACGCCACCCUCGGGCCCACCCGGCGGCCGGAACCCGCGAGACGAGAAACGGCCCCCAGCACCCGUGUGGUCCUGGAGGAGGAUAGGCCUUGGCCACCCCGCGUACAAGAUAGUUCGGCCCCCGCCAGAGCCUCACGGCCGUGGCCCAGCCUCCGCGAACGCGCGAUUCGGCGCGACAAGCCCACACCCGGGAUCGAGCCACUGGGUCCUGUUAGUUCCAGCAUCUUCCUGCAGUCAGAGGAGAAGAUCCAGGAGGCGCGCAACCAGGAACCCAAGGCUCGGUUCCCGCGAGAGACUACGAGUAAAACAGUCCAUGGGGUACGGAGUCCACCUUUCGAGUAUAGGGCUCCCUGGGAGGUUCCUAGUAGGCCUGUGAGGCCGAGGAUCCCGUCCCCGCCGUGGCAGGUUCCAAAUGGGGCCGUGCGGGGUCCUCGCUGCCCGUCCCCCCAGAACCUGUCCCCGUGUGAUCGGACUAAUAGGAGGGUGAGUAGCCCGUCGUUCCCUGAAGCAUGCUCCGCGUGGGAAAAUCGGAAUACCGCCGUCGAGGAAACUGUCAGCAGGAGGAGCCCUUCCCCUCCAGCCCUUCCCCAGUGGAAUCAGGGUGUUGCCAGGGCAAGGAGCCCAUCCCCCGAAGCUCCUUCCCCGUGGGAAGUUCCGCAUCCGACAGUCGGGAAUGCAGAAGAGCCGGGUAGGAGCCCGUCCCCGCAGGCCUUGUUCCCAUGGGAGGCUCCAGAUCGUCCUGUUGGAACGUGGAGCCCAUCGCCCCAAGAGACGUGGGAUCCCAUGGUGCCGGACUCAUCCACAGCACUUACGCGGGAAACUCUGAAUGGCGUAGUUCAGGAGGAGUUGGCGCCGCCUACACCUCCCGCACCCGGGGCUCCAGAACUAACAGAGGUGCAGAGUCCACCCACGGGGGAGGUUUCAGAUCUUGCCUUCCGAGGCAGUCAGCCGUCGCCAGAGGUGGCUGCACCCGAGCCUUCCCGCAGUCACCUCAUGGGCAGCCUGGACUCCGAUGAGCGUGCAGAAGCCUUGAGCUCUGGAGAAGCGGCCCCGGGACGCCCGCGCGUGGCCAUUCCGCGGCCCCGAGAUGUGCGCAAGAUAGUGAAGACCACAUACGCGCCCAGCUUCCCGGCGGAAACCCUCGGUUCUGGGGUGCCUGCUCCUCUUGCUGACCCCUGCGGGGAGGAGGGCGGCGCCCCCAAGACGCAAGAGCUUCAGGCGCUGGGGUCCCCCGCCUCGGCUCACUACACUUCCGUUUUUCUCAAGGACUUUCUUCCGGUCGUGCCGCACCCCUAUGAGCCCCCAGAGCCAUGCCUCGACACAGUCCCCCGGGAUGCCUCGCAGUCCAACGGGGCCCUGCGGCGGAGGGCAGAGAACAGCACGGCGAAACCCUUCGCGCGCACAGAGAUCCGCCUGCCUGGUGCCCUAGCCUUGGUCCGACGGCCCGAGAGAACCCGGGGAGUCCGAGUGCGCGGUCCUAUCGGAGAGAACCGGGAUGCGGGGGCCCAGCGUCUCGUCCCUGACGGCGAGGGUCGGACCAGCCCUCUAGGCGGCGCUCGCACCUCACCCCAGCCGUCCCCCAUAGGGCCAGCAGGGGCCCAACCGCCCCGCCCUAGCUCCCCUCAGGCGCACCCCAACUCAAGCCCUGGAAUAGCACCCAAACUGGAGACACACCCUGCGGCCCCCGAGCCCGCGCCUGCUGUCCGGGCGCCCCUCCCGCGGGAGCCCCAGGUGUCGGCCGGCAGGACGACCCCUGCCCAGCCCCGCGCUGCCUCGGCGCCUCCCACCGACCGGUCCCCGCAAGGCCCCUCCCAGGGGGUGCGCAGACCGCCCGCGGCCGCGCACCCGGGGAAGGUCCUGGUGGACCCAGAGAGCGGCCGCUACUACUUUGUGGAGGUGCCGCGGCAGCCUCGGCUGCGGCUGCUCUUCGACCCAGAGAGCGGGCAGUACGUGGAGGUGCUGCUGCCGCCCUCGUCCCCGGGGCCGCCCCGCCGCAUCUACACCCCGCUGGCCCUGGGGCCCGGCCUCUACCCACCCGCCUAUGGGCCUAUCGCUGGCCUCUCACUGCCGCCGUCCCCAGGCCCUCCGGCCCUCGGCAGCCCCCAGCUAACCUGGGCCACUGAGGCAGGGCCCUUGGACGGGAUGUACUACCUGCCGGUGAGCGGGACCCCCAGCCCGGCACCUCCUCUGCUCCUCUGUGCCCCUCCCUCCAGCUCAGGUCCCGCCCAGCCGAGCAAGGGCUCCCUGUUCCCGUUGUGAGGCCCUAGGAACUAAUCCCCACGGAGUUGAGGCCUGUUGAUGGCCUUGGAGGUUCCGACAUCUAGUCCCCUGCCCUCCUUUCCUUCCGUUGCCUCUAUCUUUGGCCCAUCCCAGCCACUGGUCAGACCGGAAGUGACCGUUAGAGAACGUCAGAGACCGGGGGCUGAUGGAGCUAGAGCUCGGGAAGUGGCUGUCUACUUCCUCCCCCAACGAAAUUGUAUAUCCCUUUCCCAAGCAUUCCCAGGGUGUGGCGUGUUGUGUGUGCCCAUGUGUGCAGGCAAGCAAAUAUGUAAAAGUGAGGAGCCGCAGUGUUUUUCCCCAGGAGGAGUUGGGGUUCCCCAGGGGGCAGCAGGAGACAGGGCUGCCCCCAGGGUAGUGAACUGUCUAUCCCUCCCCGAAGGUGGGCCCCGCUGAGAUGGAGCAAGGCCAAUGGGCACUGGUGAGAAGGAGGGGAAGGACUCUGGCUAUCAUAUCUGUUCUUUGGAAGAGGAACCGAGCUUUGGCCUGGGAGGCUAUGGGGGAAAGUCGCCGGUACAGCCCCCAGGCCAGGCUGGAUCUGAGAAAGGGAGCUGUGAGGACAGUAGGUGAAGGUGGAGAAGGAAGAGAUAUAGGGAGGGACUAUGGUAGGUCUGCCUGGGAUUCGGAUUUGGGGUUCAAGUGUGUGUGUGUGAGGUGGGCCCAGGUGGCUGUCAUCUCCAGCUGGGAGCUGGACUUGGCUUCUCCUCCAAGCCCUCAGACCUGAGCUGGCUUAUCCUGGGGCCAGGGGUGGGGGUUCAGCUAUUCUUACCCCGGUAGAGAGCAGGUGAAAUGAGUCAUCAGAAAGCACUUACAAGAGGGAGGAUGGUUGGGCUGUCAUUGCAGAGGAGCCUCUUGACCCCUCUGGGUGGCUAGAGAAUGGGUUAGGGUUGGCAGUAGGAGGAACACCCCUGUGUGCAGUAGGCCAGAGGUGUCUGACGCUCUCAGCUGGUUCCACUCCCCCAGUAGCACAUGUGGCAACAAUGUCCGAAGAGGGGCUGGCCCUGCAGGCUGGUCACAGCACAGGAAGGGACAGCACUUGAAGCAUGCACUUCAGUUGCCCUGAGAUUGCAGGAGCCUCUGAAGAGGGCUGAGGGAGAUGAGGGGAUCUGCAUGAGGUGGGAAGGUGGUCUGUGUGGGGGUCUGUGUGCAGUUCUGAGCCUGAAAUGGCUAGGCCUUGUUGGACUGGUGUGUGAUGUGAUGAGUUUGGGGAAGGACAGUUUCCGUCAGAAGUGGUGUCUGGGAUGGGGAUGCCUUCUUCAUUCCAGGCCUGUUGAGGGGCUCAGGUCCCUUAGAGUCCCUGUCCCCCUGCCCUGGACUGUAAGCUGACUGAAACUAUGAAUCAGAGUAACCUGGCCAUCUCUUGGCUGGAGAUGUUGGUUCUGAUGGCAUGGAGGGCCCUGGGGCCACCCCGGGGCACCUAGCCUCAAUCCUGGUGUGCAAUAAAUUGCUGACUCAUGGACCCAUGAAGGCUGAAA